CCCUGAUGCCACGCCCUCCGCCAGUUCCCUCCUCGCCCAUCCCCGCCUCCGCCACCACCCGUCCCUCCUCCACACAUGGCGGAGAGGUCCCUCCCGCCCGCGGUGCCGGCGUCGCCCGAGCCAGCCUCCUCCUCCGCGGUCUCCACCACGUUCAGCUCGCCGCUCGAGCCCGUCUCCGCGCCGGCGGCGGCGACACCCGUGCACAGCACGUACGUGGUGCAGGUGCAGAAGGACCAGAUAUACCGCGUCCCGCCCCCCGAGAACGCCUACUUCGCCGAGCGCUACCGGAACGAGCGCGGCGGCGGGGGCAAGAAGAAGAAGCGCGGGAGCAGCGAGUGGUCGGCCGCGUGCUCCCCGUGCGUCCUGCGCACGCUCGGCGCGCUGCUCGCGGCCGCCGCGCUGGUGGGCGCCGCCGUGCUCAUCUCGCUCGUCGUGCUGCGGCCGGGCGUCCCGGGCUUCUCCGUCGAGAGGAUCGCCGUGAUCAACUCGACGCGGCAGCAGCGCGUGGACUACGACUUGUUCCUCACGGCCGUGAACCCCAACAAGAUGACAGCGCUGUGGUACAGGAGCGGCAGGGCGAGGCUCACGCACCACGGGACGACCCUCGCCAAGGGCGACGUCGGGCAGCCCGCGGACGGCGGCGAGGACGCCACCGACUUCAGCGUGCUGCUGCAGGGGCAGAAGCACAACGGACGCACGCCCAGGGCGGUGGAGAAGGGGUUCAGCGGGUCCAAGGACCACCUCGCGCUCCAGCUGGCCGUGGAGGUCACCGUGCAGGUGCACGUCGGCGCGUUCGGGUUCGGGCAGAGGAGGCUGGCCGUGGACUGCGGGAUCACCGCCGCCGGGCUUAGCAAGGACGUCCACAUUGCGUCGCAGAAUUGCAGGAGCAGCUUCCGGAACUGACGCCACGCGCGCGCGCCCCUGUCGGGAGGUGCCUGUGACCUGGAACUCUGGAUCGUGGGAGAUGGAAGUUGACGCCGCGCGCGGUCAUGUAUGGCGGCGUGGAAGAGAAAGAGAAUGGGGGACAAAAGAUCGUGCUCGCGCGCCUUAUGUAAAAUGCAGUGAAAUUCUUUAGAUUUUGAUGUAAAUUGUCAGGAACCGAACCAUGGCGUUGGAGGCCGGAUCACAGCAACACGUACUAUACGCUAUGGCGGCGCAAAGCUGGUCUGUUCACUGCUGGCCAUCUAUGAUGAUCAUCACGAACGUUGC